UCCCUGUCGUAGCUUUUGCCUCUCGUUUUCUUUCCCUGAAAUUUUCUCUCCCCAGACUGAGAUCUCUCCGUGUAUAUAUAUACAUACACAAACACUGUAUCGGAUUCGUGAAGAGAACGAAACGCGUUUUCGUCACAUGACCUUUCGUAUUCAAUCCCUUAUCCCGAACACGAAUCCCUCAGGAGCCCGCAGUUUCGCGUAAUUCCGGGUAACAUUCGAUUUCUCUCGAUCUGUUCGCGUGUGUUGGUUUCGUUUGGUUUUGGUGGCGGAAGAAUUCGAUCGAGGCGUUGAUCGGAGGGUCGUGAGGACGAUGGGGAUGGAUUUGAGGGUUAUGACGGCGAGGGAACGGGGAUGGGGUCGAGAGAGCGGCGGAGGGGAUUUCAGCUACGACGGCGAGCAUGAUUUGGGGCUAAUGGUUAGGGAUUUUCUCGAGACGGGCAGUGGAAGUGGUGGAGGGAACUCGUGGUGCAGCAGCGACAGCGAUUCUGGGUGUCCGGAUCUGUAUUCCCUUUCGGACAAGAUUCAGUUUCUCAAGUACUCUAUGGCUCCAUACGAGGCUGAUGUUCUGUCAGCAGUUCGCUCCCAGUUGUUUGCUAUCAGGGGGAAGGAUCUUCACUCUGUAAAGACCGGUACGUGCAAUGCCAGUUGCAUCAGGUUUUAUCUCGCAAAGCUUCUACGACUUUCCGGUUACAAUGCUGCUGUUUGCUCGGCACGAUGGCAACCGGCCGACAAGGUUCCCGGUGGGGACCAUGAAUACGUAGAUGUAAUCUUGGCAGACACUGAAGACGGUCAGGAGGAACGACUGAUCAUUGACAUGGACUUCAGGAGCCACUUUGAGAUAGCCCGGGCGGUGGACUCGUACCAGAGAAUACUGGAUUCCCUCCCGGUGGUUUACGUGGGGACGGAAUCUAGGCUGAACCAGUUCCUACAGGCCAUGGCCGAAGCAGCCAAAAGCUCCCUGAAGCAGAACUCGAUGCCUCUGCCCCCAUGGAGAUCCCUGCGUUACUUGCAGUCGAAAUGGCACUCUCCACACAAACGGCACCUCGGGCCGCCGAUACACAUGGAUGGUCCUGAAAUGUUCUCGGAGGGAUUCCACAGACAGUGCGCUGAGAACCUGAAGAGGGUUCAGCUCGUCCUCCGGGCCGAGAAAGAGGGCGAGAGAUGCGUGAAGGGUAUGAAGAGAAGUGAUAGUAGUAAUAGAGGAGGCUGGAGGAUGAGAAAUCCAACGGGACGAGAUCAUUGAGUGUUUGUACAGAGCGUUUAGGCCAUUGAGAAUGGCACAAGAGUUAUUUUGUGAGUGUAACUUUUUGCGGCUCCUUUGUAAUCGGGAAUAUUCAAAGAAGAAGAAGAGUUUUUUUUUUUUUUUAAUUUGUAAGCAAGAUGAAGUCUGAGAUCUUUAACGCCAAGUGGCGAAUUAUACGAGGGUUAAUUAAUGCGUUA